AUGGAGAAAAAAAAGAGAAAUUGCAGUACUCAAGCUUCAUCCUCAAAACCACCGUUAAACUUCCCAAAUACGGCGGAACAAGACAAUCUAACCAAACUGGAGAGGCUAGUGUCUAAUCUCAAACACUUGUCUUUUGCCGCCGGUUUAUUGGCUCUUGCAAACCAAGCAGCUGAGGAAUAUGAGUCUUUGCCAAUGAACAAAGAAAGCAAGAGUUGA